AGGCGGGAACUGAGGGCAGCGGCGGAAGGUUCCGCGUCGCUGCUUUGGGCACCGCUGAGGGGAUAUUUGAAGGGUUCGAAUCCUUUUAGCGAAGCCAUUGUAGGAAACAGCCCGUUGCCGCAGGGCCUGAGUCUCGCCGCCCCCCCGCGCCUGCCCCAGCUCUGCGUUUCCACGCACACCGGGGGUUCGCUCGCCCCGGUGACGCGGCCGCUCCGCCGCGGGCCCGGCAGCGCGUGGGGAAGAUGGCGGCGCGGGCCCUGCCGUAGCGGCGGAGGCCGGGCCGGUGGCACUGCGCCGUGCCGCUGCCUCCAUGGCCCUGACGUGCGCCUGAGCCGCCUGCGCCCCGGCUCCCCCCGCUCUAUCCGCCCCGACGGCUCCGUGGUGGUGCGGGGCGGCGGCGCUCUGUGCCGCGGCGGUGCCGUGUCGCUGGGCGAGCGGAGGGCGGGCCUGGCGGAGCCAUGGCGGCCGUCCGGGGCCUGCGGAUCUCUGUCAAGGCGGAGGCAACGGCGACAACGACGGAGCCUCGCGGCCCGGAGCCGGAGCCUAUGGAAGUGGAAGAGGGUGAGCUGGAGACCAUCCCUGUGAGACGCUCGCUCCGGGAGCUCAUUCCGGACACUAGUAGGAGAUAUGAAAACAAAGCUGGGAGUUUCAUUACUGGAAUAGAUGUAACCUCCAAGGAAGCAAUUGAGAAAAAGGAACAAAGAGCAAAACGGUUCCAUUUUCGGGCUGAAGUGAAUCUUGCCCAAAGGAAUGUGGCACUGGAUCGGGACAUGAUGAAGAAAGCAAUUCCUAAAGUGAGACUGGACACGAUUUACAUUUGUGGCGUGGAUGAGAUGAGCACUCAGGACAUCUUUACCUAUUUCAAAGAGUAUCCUCCUGCUCACAUUGAGUGGUUGGAUGACACAUCAUGCAAUGUGGUCUGGCUUGAUGAAGUUACAGCAACACGGGCGCUGAUUAAUAUGAGUUCCUUGCCUGACCAGGAGAAAACAAAAAGCAGAGAACACAAUGAAGAGAAGACAGCUGAAAAACCCAAGAAAGAAAAGCAGGAUGAAAGUUCCGAUGAUGAGGCAGAAGAAGGCGAAGUGGAGGAUGACAAUCCGAGUGAUGUUGAGUUGGAUGCCCUCUCCCAGGUAGAAGAGGAUUCUCUCCUGCGUAAUGAUCUUCGUCCUGCCAAUAAACUGGCCAAAGGAAACAAGCUGUUCAUGAGAUUUGCCACCAAAGACGACAAGAAGGAGCUGGGAGCUGCCAGACGCAGCCAGUACUACAUGAAGUACGGCAACCCGAAUUACGGCGGCAUGAAGGGGAUUCUCAGCAACUCUUGGAAACGAAGAUACCAUUCGCGCCGCAUCCAUCGGGAUGUGAUAAAGAAGAGGACACUUAUUGGGGAUGAUGUUGGUUUGACUCCUCCCUAUAAGCAUCGUCACUCAGGCUUGGUAAAUGUUCCCGAGGAGCCUAUUGAGGAGGAAGAAGAGGAGGAAGAAGACCAGGACAUGGAUGAAGAUGACAGAGUUGUGGUAGAGUACCGUGAUGAACUGCAGGCUUUUAAGCAGUCCCGAGAGCGCAGCGCGGCGCGACGAUCCAGUGCCAGCGCCUCUGAUUCUGAUGAAAUGGACUACGACCUGGAACUGAAAAUGAUCUCCACACCCUCUCCCAAGAAGAGCAUGAAAAUGACAAUGUAUGCAGAUGAGGUGGAAUCACAGCUGAAAAACAUUAGGAAUUCCAUGCGAGCAGACAGCAUAGCAACCAGCAACAUCAAAAAUAGGAUUGGCAGCAAAGGAUCCUUGGAGAAAGUUGCUGAUGUCAGGCUACUGCUAGAAGAAAAACGUCAGAAUAAUACUGGGCCACGCCAAGCAGCCAGUGCUGUGAAAUCAGAUGUACGGCAAAGACUGGGCAAAAGACCCCAUUCUCCAGAAAUUAAAGCUCCAAGCAGCACCUCUGCUCCCCGUCGGGAGCCAAUCUCAGACGUACACAGCCGCUUAGGAGUUCCCAAGCAAGAUGUGAAAGGCCUCUACUCUGACAGCAGGGAGAAGAAAUCAGGUAACUUAUGGACCCGGUUAGGGUCUGCUCCGAAGACACAGGAAAAGACUUCAGAUAAACCUGAAAACACUGUGACAUCUCCUGAGGAAGAUGACUCGGAGCUCCAGCGGGUUUGGGGUGCUCUCAUUAAGGAAAAAGAACAGUCUCGACAAAAAAAGAGUCGAUUGGAUCAUUUACCGUCGCUACAGAUCGAGAUCAGCCGGGAAAGCAGCUCUGGCUCAGACACUGAAUCGUGAUGAGUUUCACACUCUGAGCCCCCAGAUGGUGACUCUGUGGUACAGCAAAGUUUCCUUGACCCAAAAGCUGGGCAUGGCAAAGACAUUGCAGUGAAGGUUCCAGAUGUGUGUCUGUUCCUUUUUUACAGCAAUAGAGAUGUGUGUGCCCCUUGAGACUGAAAGCAAACACAUUUGCCUGGAGCCUCUGCUUGGCCCUGUGUUACGUGGGGCAUUGUUGUCUAUCACAGCAAACCUGUAGUUCAUUCUAGCAAAACACUUUUCUCCACGCUUUGAACUGAAAAGAAGAGGCAGAAGUGCUCUGCAUUUUUAAGAUGACCAUUUCUGUUCUUAAUAUUUUUAACAUGGAGCCUUUUAACAAGACCAUUUUACACAGUUCAUCCAAAGAACAGGGCGUUUCAUGUUCAGCAUCGUUGGCUCAGCCUUCUGGCCUUUCCCUUCCUCUUGAACAGCAACACUGCCUGGAUGGGCAGCCAGACAGGACAGAGCAUGAAGGGGCUGUCAGGGUCCCUUCCUCCAAAAUGCUGAAUGUCAAUCUGAGUUGAGUGUUUUCAUACAGUGACAUUUCCCAUGGUGUCCAAGUCAAUCGCUGCUCUCGAGGAAUUCUGCUCAUUUCUUUUGGUGAUACCACGUUCUGCUGCAGUGGGGCCUGGGCUGGUCAGGACUGCAGGCUUGGGUGUUUGAGAAUUGUGUCAAUACCCCAGGGUUUGAUUUUGGUUUUUUGGGGGGGUGGUUUCUUUUGGUUACAGGAUGAGAAAUGAUAUUUCUUUUCAUUUUAUCUGUAUGAUGUUUUGAAGAAAUCUAACAGUUUGGAAGCAUCCACUUUUA